GAUAGAAGUAUGAUGUUUCCUGAGCGGCAUCCAAAGAGGUGCCCCCAGCAUGGGCGGGCGUGCGUGCACCACGUUGGUGGCGAGCACGUUGACGCGGCGGCGGGAGGGACAGGUGUACGCCCGAGCCCCCGGGUCUUGUCUGGCGGUGACGCACGCGCCGGCAGGCAGGUCAGGACUCCGCCUCGAGUCCUCAGUCCAGUUGAGGGAGAGGCGGCUCCCUGGACGCUGUUUCCAUCUACUCUUCCCUCUCUUUCCCCUCCCUCGCCCCCCUGUCUCCCUUCACCUCUCCCAACCACCGGCCGGGGGGUGGAAGCACUGGAGGCUGCGGAAAGUGAAGAAUCUCCGCAAUCAAACGGCUCGACAAACAGAGCCUCAUGAGCGUAAAUGUAAGUGACACAAACAUUCCAAUUUUCUCCUCUUCGAAGUUGAAUAGUAUUGGCAAAUGACAGGCCAGGGUUGGUUCUUGAUUUGUAUGAAAGGAAAUAUAUUAGAAAAUAUUGACAAAAGUGAUGCCUACGGCUGUGCGCGUGAAGGUCAUGAGGCACUGAGCACAAUCCAAGCAACACCGUAGGAAAAAUCUAGAUAUCUGUGCAAGGCUCGCUUGAACCAUGAAAGCUGCCACGCCCCCCGUGCUGCACUCACCAUGAGGAUCUUCAAGCCGAUCGCCCCGCCCUGGUCUGGAGGAUACUCCCGCCUGCCGUCAUGCACUCCCUCCGCCUGCACCCCUUCAGGAACCCCGCCAGAUGGCACCCCCAUCAGCGGGAGUCCUCCGGGCGGCACACCCGUACUAGGGGCCCCGACCCCCUCUCCCCUGUUCCCCGCCACCGCCUCACCCGCCACGCCUUCACGCACGCAUGGAAAAUCUUCUCGGAUCACUCCCGCACAGACACACCUAGAGUGGGUGGCGUGUGAACUCCGUCCGCCCAUACUGGCCCGCCCAUGCUCUCCAAUAUGCCAUCUGAGCGAGGACGACUUCCCCUGCGCCCACAUCCUGGACGUGUACGACGAGGACGCGCGCCUGUUCAGCCCCAAGCGGCGGCUGCUCCUUGGGUGCCGCGUGUGUCGCUCUGCCGCCCGCUGGUUGCGCUGCAGUAGGGUGAAGGUCCAUCUGCUUCAGAAAAUACAGACAAAUGGCAGCUGGCAGGAAAAAGACCAUUCUCAGACAAAUGGCGGCCAGGACGAGUGGGAGAGCGAGGACAUCAUCCUGGAGCGGGGCAACCAAGGUCUGGGCUUCAGCAUCGCCGGCGGCACCGACAACCCACACAUCGGGUCAGACACAUCUAUCUAUAUCACCAAGCUGAUACCUGGUGGUGCAGCUGCCACAGAUGGUCGCCUUCAGAUCACAGAUGUUAUAGUGUCAGUGAAUGAUGUGAGUGUGGUCAAUGUCUCUCAUGUGACGGCAGUGGAUGCACUCAAGCGUGCCGGCAACACUGUUCACUUGUGUGUGAAGCGUCGCAAACGACCCCCCAAUGUUCUCCUUAUGGAAGUUGAAUUAAUCAAAGGAAACAAAGGCCUUGGAUUCAGCAUUGCUGGUGGUAUUGGAAAUCAACACAUUCCUGGUGACAAUGGUAUUUACAUCACCAAAAUCAUGGAGGGUGGAGCAGCACAUGUGGAUGGCCGCGUCUGUGUGGGAGACAAGCUCAUUGCUGUGAGAGAGACACCAUCAGGUGAUGUCAAUCUUGAAAAUGUCACCCACGAAGAUGCUGUUGCCUGCCUCAAGUCCACCACUGACCGUGUGGUAUUGGUGUUGGGUAAAAUUGUAACCUCCCAAACCAACUCUGCCCCAGAUGUGACAGCUCACCCUCCACAGCCUACCCACCAGCCUGACCGUUCUCUUCCUCCCCCCACGCCGCCCCCAGCUUCCCACGACGGCAGCCACAAUGAGCAUGGCAUGGACUCCAGCCCCACACCCGAUGACCUCAUACCAAAAGAACCUCGCAGAGUCACACUAUCCAAGGGUACAUCAGGCCUGGGCUUCAAUAUCGUUGGUGGAGAAGAUGGUGAAGGAAUAUUUAUCUCCUUCAUUUUAGCUGGAGGGCCCGCUGACCUGUCUGGGGAGCUGAGGCGUGGCGACCAGAUUCUCAAUGUUAAUGGCACUGACUUACGAAUUGCCACCCAUGAGCAAGCUGCACAAGCUCUCAAGGGAUGUGGACAGACAGUGAAUUUGACGGUGCAAUACAAACCUGAUGAGUACAACCGAUUUGAGGCCAAAAUCCAUGAUCUUAAGCAACAGAUGAUGUCUGGCACACUAAGAACUACGCAGAAGCGAAGUCUCUAUGUCAGAGCAUUAUUCGACUAUGAUCCCAAUCGGGAUGAUGGGUUGCCCUCCCGUGGCCUUGCCUUCAACUAUGGAGAGAUCCUGCAUGUAACCAAUGCCUCAGAUGACCAGUGGUGGCAAGCAAGACGUGUCUUGCCCACCGGGGAGGAAGAAGGAACUACUGGUAUCAUUCCCAGUAAAGCUCGCUGGGAGAAGAAGCAAAAAGCAAGAUUACGAUCUGUGGCUUUCCAGGGCAAGAACAACACUGAUGCCAGGCAAUCAACACUAGAAAGGAAGAAAAAGACCUUGUCAUUUAGUCGAAAAUUCCCAUUCCUAAACAAGAGCAAAGAUGAUAAAUCAGAAGAUGGGUCUGACAAUGAGCUUGAUGAGGACUUUGAAGCCUCCAUAGCCACAAAUGAUGGAGAAAGCGAUAGCAGAAGCAUGAGAGGAGACGACUACAUCAUCCUGAGUUAUGAGGGAGUGCAACAAAUCAAGAUCUCUUACACCCGGCCAGUGGUACUGCUGGGACCUCUCAAAGACCGGAUCAAUGAUGACCUCAUAUCAGAAUUCCCAGAGAAGUUUGGGAGCUGUGUCCCUCACACAACUCGGCCACGAAGGGAAUAUGAAGUUGAUGGGCGGGAUUACCAUUUCGUGGCCUCAAGGGAACAAAUGGAAAGAGACAUACAAAACCACCUAUUUAUUGAGGCUGGCCAGUAUAAUGACAACCUCUAUGGAACAUCUGUUGCAUCUGUGAAAGAAGUGGCUGAAAAGGGAAAGCAUUGCAUACUGGAUGUCAGUGGCAAUGCUAUCAAGAGACUGCAAGUAGCACAACUGUACCCUAUUGCAAUUUUCAUCAAACCAAGGUCUGCUGAACAAAUAAUGGAGUGGAACAAGCGGAUGACAGAGGAACAAGCCAGGAAAACAUAUGAACGUGCAUUGAAGGUUGAAGGAGAUUUUGGCGAAUACUUUACGGCAAUUGUAGCUGGAGAUACUCCAGAGGAGGUGUAUGCUCGGGUCAAAGAUCUGAUCCACCACCACUCUGGCCCUAAGAUUUGGGUGACCUGCAAGGAAAAGUUAUAAGGUUAGGAGACUCCCCUUGUGGGGUCAGUUUGAGCAUCUAGCACGUAGAUAUUUUGUUGCAUGAAAGAAAUACUCUAUCUUAUUGAGAGAAUCUGUUUCUACUAUAUGCUUGGAAACAUUAUAUUGACACAGCCUUUAAUCUUUCAAAUCCAGAUAGCUAUGUCUGUUGCAGAUAAGCUGAGGAUCCUAGAGUGCAGUAAAAACUCGUUAUGUGAUGACUCAGGUGUGUCUUGGGCCUCGUUGACUAUAGUUGCUUUGUAUGAUUUUUUAGUCAUCUGUUGUAUUUUAAAAUGAUGGAUCCCACAAAAGUGAAAUAUUUAAUUGUAUUUUAAAGUUUUAUGCAUUUUAUUGCAACGUGAAGAAUGUGUAUUUGACAAUAGGGGUAUAGUAGUCACUUGCUGAGUAAUACCAGGUAGACAUACAGUGUAACUUCAUAUAAGAUAUCAUUAUCAAACCUGUGUGAUUACAGAAACAGCAGCAUGUAAGGCAAUACUUGUCUAUAUUAAAAAGAUAAUCAUGUUGACGGCUUUCAGUUCACAGUUUAUUAUUUCACUUAAGUGCUAUUUUCCUCUCUUUGAAAGCCUUGGCUGAAUAUUUGCAUUCCAUCACAUGAUAAAUUUACUAGUCAUAUGUCUUACAAAAUCCUUAAGAAAAUUUGGUUGUGUAAUUAAAAUGCUCAUCUUUAUAGCAAUGUUAUUUUCACUUAUAUAUAUAUAUAUAUAUAUAUAUAUAUAUAUAUAUAUAUAUAUAUAUAUAUAUAUAUAUAUAUAUAUAUAUAUAUAUAUAUAUAUAUAUAAGAAAGGACAGCUCUAACAAUUUAAUUAAUUUCAAAGAUUAAGAAUAUUUCAGUCUAUAACAUAUGAAAUAGUUAUGUAAUUGAAGUCUAGCUCAUGAAAUCUAGUGUACUGAAUGAAAAUCCUGUAUACAAAUUUCUUUAUAAAAUCAUGCCAUUAAUUUCAUACUUAUGUUAACUUAUUGUACAUUAAGUUGCUAGAACAAAUUAAUGCAGAAUUUAAUUAUUUUUUUAUUUCAUUAUUUGUGAAAAUUUAUCAGAUUAAUUUUGUUUGCUAGUUGACUGUUUCUUUCUGGCAAAUUAUGAAGUCAUUUCUUUACUGAUCAGUAGUAAUGGUAUGAACACAAGAAUUUAUAUCUUAAAUAGGAAAAAUAAGCUGGACCAGUCUAAUCUGAACCAAUUAUGGGUACCAAAAAGCUGCUUAGGUUAAGUUUAGUUAGGUGCAGUCAUGAACUAUGAAUCUUUUCUGUUGUUAAAUUAAGGAAAAAAUUCUGUAUGCAUUUGUUAUGUAGCUGUUACCCCUGCAUAAUGUAUCUUUCCUGAAGUCAACCCUACAAAGAAGUUAUCUUUUUCUUUCAUAUAUUGAGAACAAAAUCCUCAUUAUCAAUGUCUCAUUAGAUUCACAGAUACUGUUAGAACCCAUGAGAACCUUUUGUUGAAAUAUGACACUUUCCUCAUUAAUCAUACCAUACAUAUAUAUUUUCUGAUUCCUUAGUCUUCGAGAAAUAUUAGGUUUGAUGGAUAUUAAAAUAAAAAACAGGUUCUGUGGUGUAGACAACACUUGCGACUGUUAACAUUGUGAAUGAUGUAAUCUCAUACCACAUGUAGGACUAGUACUUAGGUCACUCUUAAGAGUGAUUCAGCCACACUGCCUUGUGUCUUGUGUGCUGGUGACCACACAGGAUCAAGAUGUGGCUCUGAAUGAGAACUUUUGAACCAAAUGUUUCAGUCAGAUGCUGCCUUGUCUGAAUGGAAUGGUCAUCUUGGCUAUUUUAGCAAGUGAAGUAAAGAAACUUACUCGCUGUUUAGUGGAAAAUGAUCAGGUGUGUGGAAUAAGGUAAACUGUUGGCUAUGUAUAAAGUAAUGUGAUGUUUGCCGAUGUACACUGUGUACAUUACUUCCUCAAGUUGUGAAUGAAUAACUUCUGUUAUGCUAACUCUUGACUGUCAGCAUAAAUGAAGUAAUAGUUUUUUAAUGUUAUAUCCCUGAAGAAAACUAAUACGAUACAAUCCUGAGAUGUUGUAUACAGCUUUCUGCCAGAGCAUUAGAUGUCACAAAAAAUCCCAUGAUGCAAUGGAGAUUCCUCACAUGUUUAAGGCCAGCAUAUACAGUUUUGGUUUUCAUGUUCUUUCCCUUACUAAGAUUUUCUGGGGUGCACCCAUAGGGAAAUUUGGUUGAUUUCUUGCAGUGGAAGUUUUCUGAUAAAUAUUUAAACAAUGUUGUAGUUCUCACAAGAUGACUAAAAAUAUUUUGUAGCUUUUCUGCCAAUGCUGAUGACUAAGAACGUAAGUGCUGACUGUAUCAGAACAAGUGUUAAAUUGCUGCUCUUGGCAAUGGGUAUGUAUCAAGACUCUAUACACAUUAUACUGUGGUUUUGAAGGUGAUGUAACACUGACAGAAAACAGUUAUCAUGUUGUUACAAGUGCGUUUUACAAAUUAUUGUUAACAUAUUUUGUCAAUAACCUAUUUAUCUGUAUCCUGAUAAAGGUACUGUGUGGUGUAGUUAUGGUGCCAUUUUUUUUAUCUUAUAUAAUUGUCAUUCUUUAAGCUCUUCAUUGUGUUUGUAUGUACUGGAGUGUGUAAAUAUAUGGUGUAAUAAUGCAUUGAGAGCUUAUUACAUUAGAUACUUAAUUGUUUCCUGUAAUCAUAUAGCACAAGGAUUGUGCAAUGUACAGUAUAAUUAUUUAUUACAUAUUCAUUAUGAGUAUAUAAAUCUUGUGUAACAUGGUUUAGUUCAUGACACUGUGACUAAACUUUAAAUAUGUUUAUAUUUCAGAAUGACUAACAAUUAAGCCUUUUGUCAAAAUAUGGGCAGGGAACCCAUGUUGACUUGUUGAUGUGAUUUGUAUGUCCUAGGAAGUUUUCCAUAUUCCUUUAGACCUUUCAUUAUUGCAGAAUUAUUAUUUCUCCCCUUAACUUUUCAUGUCCAGAUCCAAACCAUUCUGUCACUGUAGCCCAGAAAGCAGUAAGAGGAAGUCUGCAGCUUUAAUGUAAAUUUGGGGAAAGCAUGAAUCACUAUUACUACUUCUUGUGUCUUCUUAAAAAUAAAUCUUUCAACAGCAUCCAGUACAUGAUUAAGUUGUAACUAUCAUUACUAUUUCAUGUCCAUCACCUAGCCAGUUUCACUCUAUUUAAACAGUGACCUCUCAAUACUUCGCUGCAAAAACACUCUUAAUGGGCUCUGGGUGGCAGUCCCUCAUGGCCUUAAAUCAGUGCUACUAUCUCAUGGUUACAGGAUGGGUAAAUAAGUUAUUUAUUUUUUCCAGGUGUAUAUUUUACCUAAAUGAGCAGACAUUAAAGCCUCAUGCAGAGAUGGUAGCAUGCUGGACUUGAUUAUAAAAGCUAAUUUUCCAGUAUAUAUAAUUACCAUUAACUGGAGAUAUUUGUACAAAUUCGUAAUAAUGUUUUAUAGAGAGAAUAUUAUUUAAUGACAAUAAAGACUGAAUACAUGCCUUUUUUCCCAAUACAGAUGAACACUGAGGUUUGAAGGUUUUAAAUGUGAAACUUCAAAUUUAACAUCACAGCUACAGAAGAAAUAAAGUGAUUGUUCUUGCUGUUACUGCAAACCAUUUGUUUGCUCAAUAUAUCUGUAGCUGUCACUAACAGUUUUAAGUCUGAUUUCAAUGGCACCACAACUACAAUCCAUUCUCAGCAGACCUUAAUACCUACAGCUUCAGAGGUGCCAUGGCACAUCCUCUGAGACCCUCCCUUCUCUAACCCCGUAUUGUAAAUACAACACUAUCUCAAAAC